AUGUUUUCACUCCAUUUUCAUUACGAAGAUGUAUCACGUCAAGAUCCGUUGCUCAAACCGAAUCACGCCAACGUUAUGGAAGUUCCUGGAUCGUGUGAAAUAAGAGUAGUACCAAAGGCACCCUAUAAUUUCAUAAUUAAAAAUGGAAAAUUGGCUAUGGAGAUUCCGCGCGGUCAGAAAAAAUACAGACACAAAGGGGUUCGACAGGAAAGUCGUUUCGAUCCAAUCUAUUCUUGGGGUCAAAUAAAGACAAAGGAUAUGUCAGUAGACCUGGCACGCCAAAGCACUCUCCGAGGGCAUGGAAUGUCUAAUUUUUCGGUCAGAAUCGCGAUAGUAAUGUCUCUGUUAGAUUCUCCGGUCGAAAUACGGGAAAACUCCAUUCAAUUCUCGAUGGAAACGGAGUUUUGCGAAUUCUCCCCAGAACUGGAAGAUCAUUUCGAGGUCUUCGAACAUAUUCGAGGGUUCAAUGUGACUAUUGUCACUUCGGCCAACACACAAGAUGAGACUUUACCACCGUGGAGCGGCUUUUUGCAGGGGGAAGGACUCAGCUCUUUGAAAGCUUUCACCUCGACUAGAAGAUAG